ACAGUGCAUUACUUCCGGUAUUUGGAACGCAUAUUUGUGUGUCUUAGAUCAUGUUUCCGGUAUAUGGAGCAUAGUCGGUGCCAGAGUACUCAGUAUGUGAUGAGCAUUUCCUGUUAUGUGAGCUGCUUUACACGGGCUUUAUAAAAUGUGAGGACAGAAAAGAUUAUGCACCAGGAGGAUAUGAGUUUGACGUAACUUCCGGAUGUUAAAUGGCGGAUGAGCUCCUCCUCUAAAGAGAUUUGCGGUAGUGCAUAGUGUGAUGCCGGAAGUGAAACCCCGUGAGUUCUGUUUACCAGAUUUGCUUUCGUCUGUCUUGAGAUGAAGCUCCUGGAGAAUUCUUGUUUUGAAGCUGUGAAUUCACAAUUAUGUGUGGAGACUGGAGAUGCUCACAUCAUUGGAAGGAUCGAGAGCUAUUCCUGCAAGAUGGCUGGAGAUGACAAGCACAUGUUUAAGCAGUUCUGCCAGGAGGGCCAGCCUCACGUUCUCGAAGCUCUAUCUCCACCCCAGACCGGAGGUGUCAGCCCUGGCAGGCUCAGCAAGAGUCAGGGGGCUGAUGAUGACGGGCCACUGAGUGACAAAUGCAGCAGGAAAACCCUAUUUUACCUGAUAGCAACACUGAAUGAAUCCUUUAGACCCGAUUAUGAUUUCAGCACAGCAAAAGCUCAUGAGUUCAGCCGUGAACCCAGCCUUAACUGGGUGGUUAAUGCGGUAAAUAGCAGCCUUGUGUCUGCACUGGGUGAGGACUUCACCUCUUUAAAGCCAAGUUUGUGGGAUGCAGUGGAUGAAGAAAUCAAUCUGUCAGAAUGUGACAUUUAUAGUUAUAACCCAGACCUGGAUUCUGAUCCUUUUGGCGAAGAUGGCAGCUUAUGGUCUUUCAAUUAUUUCUUCUAUAACAAGAAAUUGAAGAGAAUUGUCUUCUUUACGUGUCGCUCUGUCAGGCCUCACUUGAUGUGCACAUGAUGGUUUUGGACAACCGGUUCCUUUUUCCUGGCUAAUUUUUAUGACGUUUUCUAUUUAUCCUCUUGCUUAUUGGCCAUAUGUCAGCUCCAUGCAUUGCUGAUCUUUCCUUCAGUUGGUUUCAUUUUUUUUCAUAAGAUGUCUUCUGAUGCCCUCCUGGAGAUGCAGGAAUUGGUCUCAUUGCCACUAAAUGACGAUUGCUGUGAACCCCUCACAGAGAAGCUUGGAUUUCUCCUGAUGGACAUUGCAUCUCCCCGUGGGCAGGAAAGAGUUACCAGAAGUUUGAGGGAGGGCAGGAGAGUGCCCCUGCAGUAAUAGACUGUGACUAAAUAUGUAAUGCAUACACACAGAUGUGUGUGCGUGGCACUAGAAGCGAACACGUGUAUAUUAUAUAUGCUAUGAUCGUAGCUCUCCUGCUGUUGUCGUGUGUGUGACACUUUCCUCCUAAAGUUAGCAUUAGUGUGUGUGAGGAGAAUACAAGGGGCAUAUGACCAGCACACGCACGAAGAGUAUAGAACUGUGUGCUUCUUGUUGUCGCUCUGUGUGCAGAUGUGAGUAUUACAGUGUAUAUAUAUCAGGGCUUUUUUGUUAUCAGCCCUUGCACUGUGUGUAAAUGGGUUGGGGGGUGUCUGAAAUAUCAGGUUUGUUUUUAAUGCAGCCGAUAUAGACAAAUUUAUUUUGUAGAAACUGUUGAUAACUGUGUUGUUGUUUUUUGUUUUCCUGACUACUGUUUGUUAACCACUGCUAGUGACUGCACCAGCUGGGUUAUACAAGUACUUGUACCAACUGCUAGUACUUGUGAUCUCACUAGUUGUAAGUACACUUGACUGCCCCAUUUGUUAGUUCUAGUGAUCAGACCAACUGUUAGUACUAGUGACUGCACCAGCUGGGUUAUACAAGUAAUUAUGCCAACUGCUAGUACUUGUGAUCUCACUAGUUGUAAGUACACGUGACUGCCCCAUUUGUUAGUUCUAGUGAUCAGACCAACUGUUAGUACUAGUGACUGCACCAGCUGGGUUAUACAAGUAAUUAUGCCAACUGCUAGUACUUGUGAUCUCACUAGUUGUAAUUACAUGUGACUGCCCCAUUUGUUAGUACUAGUGAUCAGACCAACUGUUAGUACUAGUGACUGCACCAGGUGGGUUAUACAAGUAAUCAUACCAACUGCUAGUACUUGUGAUCUCACUAGUUGUAAGUACAUGUGACUGUCCCAUUUGUUAGUACUAGUGAUCAGACCAACUGUUAGUACUAGUGACUGCACCAGGUGGGUUAUACAAGUAAUCAUACCAACUGCUAGUACUUGUGAUCUCACUACUUGUAAGUACAUGUGACUGCCCCAUUUGUUAGUACUAGUGAUUAGACCCAACUGUAAGUACUAGUGACUGCUUCAGCUGGGGAAAUACAAGUAAUCGUUCCAACUGCUAGUACUUGUGAUCUCAUUAGUUGUAAGUACUAGUGACUGCCCCAUUUGUUAGUACUAGUGACUGCACCAGCUGGGUUAUACAAGUAAUCGUACCAACUGCUAGUACUUGUGAUCUCACUAGUUGUAAGUACAUGUGACUGCCCCAUUUGCUGGUAGUAGUGAUCAGACCAACUGUUAGUACUAGUGACUGCACCAGCUGGGUUAUACAAGUAAUCAUACCAACUGCUAGUACUUGUGAUCUCACUAGCUGUAAGUACAUGUGACUGCCCAAUUUGUUAGUACUAGUGAUCAGACCAACUGUUAGUACUAGUGACUGCACCAGGUGGGUUAUACAAGUAAUCAUACCAACUGCUAGUACUUGUGAUCUCACUACUUGUAAGUACAUGUGACUGCCCCAUUUGUUAGUACUAGUGAUUAGACCCAACUGUAAGUACUAGUGACUGCUUCAGCUGGGGAAAUACAAGUAAUCGUUCCAACUGCUAGUACUUGUGAUCUCAUUAGUUGUAAGUACUAGUGACUGCACCAGCUGGGUUAUACAAGUAAUCGUACCAACUGCUAGUACUUGUGAUCUCACUAGUUGUAAGUACAUGUGACUGCCCCAUUUGCUGGUAGUAGUGAUCAGACCAACUGUUAGUACUAGUGACUGCACCAGGUGAGUUAUACAAGUAAUCAUACCAACUGCUAGUACUUGUGAUCUCACUAGCUGUAAGUACAUGUGACUGCCCAAUUUGUUAGUACUAGUGAUCAGACCAACUGUUAGUACUAGUGACUGCACCAGCUGGGUUAUACAAGUAAUCAUACCAACUGCUAGUACUUGUGAUCUCACUAGUUGUAAGUACACGUGACUGCCCCAUUUGUUAGUACUAGUGAUUAGACCAACUGUUAGUACUAGUGACUGCACCAGGUGGGGAAAUACAAGUAGUCGUUCCAACUGCUAGUACUUGUGAUCUCAUUAGUUGUAAGUACUAGUGACUGCCCCAUUUGUUAGUACUAGUGACUGCACCAGCUGGGUUAUACAAGUAAUCGUACCAACUGCUAGUACUUGUGAUCUCACUAGUUGUAAGUACAUGUGACUGUCCCAUUUGCUGGUAGUAGUGAUCAGACCAACUGUUAGUACUAGUGACUGCACCAGCUGGGGAAAUACAAGUAGUCGUUCCAACUGCUAGUACUUGUGAUCUCAUUAGUUGUAAGUACUAGUGACUGCCCCAUUUGUUAGUACUAGUGACUGCACCAGCUGGGUUAUACAAGUAAUCGUACCAACUGCUAGUACUUGUGAUCUCACUAGUUGUAAGUACAUGUGACUGCCCCAUUUGCUGGUAGUAGUGAUCAGACCAACUGUUAGUACUAGUGACUGCACCAGCUGGGUUAUACAACUAAUCGUACCAACUGCUAGUACUUGUGAUCUCACUAGUUGUGAGUACACGUGACUGCCCCAUUUGUUAGUUCUAGUGAUCAGACCAACUGUUAGUACUAGUGACUGCACCAGCUGGGUUAUACAAGUAAUUAUGCCAACUGCUAGUACUUGUGAUCUCACUAGUUGUAAUUACAUGUGACUGCCCCAUUUGUUAGUACUAGUGAUCAGACCAACUGUUAGUACUAGUGACUGCACCAGGUGGGUUAUACAAGUAAUCAUACCAACUGCUAGUACUUGUGAUCUCACUAGUUGUAAGUACAUGUGACUGCCCCAUUUGCUGGUAGUAGUGAUCAGACCAACUGUUAGUACUAGUGACUGCUCCAGCUGGGUUAUACAACUAAUCAUACCAACUGCUAGUACUUGUGAUCUCACUAGUUGUAAGUACAUGUGACUGCCCCAUUUGUUAGUACUAGUGAUCAGACCAACUGUUAGUACUAGUGACUGCACCAGGUGGGUUAUACAAGUAAUCAUACCAACUGCUAGUACUUGUGAUCUCACUACUUGUAAGUACAUGUGACUGCCCCAUUUGUUAGUACUAGUGAUUAGACCCAACUGUAAGUACUAGUGACUGCUUCAGCUGGGGAAAUACAAGUAAUCGUUCCAACUGCUAGUACUUGUGAUCUCAUUAGUUGUAAGUACUAGUGACUGCACCAGCUGGGUUAUACAAGUAAUCGUACCAACUGCUAGUACUUGUGAUCUCACUAGUUGUAAGUACAUGUGACUGCCCCAUUUGCUGGUAGUAGUGAUCAGACCAACUGUUAGUACUAGUGACUGCACCAGGUGAGUUAUACAAGUAAUCAUACCAACUGCUAGUACUUGUGAUCUCACUAGCUGUAAGUACAUGUGACUGCCCAAUUUGUUAGUACUAGUGAUCAGACCAACUGUUAGUACUAGUGACUGCACCAGCUGGGUUAUACAAGUAAUCAUACCAACUGCUAGUACUUGUGAUCUCACUAGUUGUAAGUACAUGUGACUGCCCCAUUUGUUAGUACUAGUGAUUAGACCAACUGUUAGUACUAGUGACUGCACCAGGUGGGUUAUACAACUAAUCGUACCAACUGCUAGUACUUGUGAUCUCACUAGCUGUAAGUACAUGUGACUGUCCCAUUUGCUGGUAGUAGUGAUCAGACCAACUGUUAGUACUAGUGACUGCACCAGCUGGGGAAAUACAAGUAGUCGUACCAACUGCUAGUACUUGUGAUCUCACUAGUUGUAAGUACAUGUGACUGCCCCAUUUGCUGGUAGUAGUGAUCAGACCAACUGUUAGUACUAGUGACUGCACCGGGUGGGUUAUACAAGUAAUCGUACCAACUGCUAGUACUUGUGAUCUCACUAGUUGUAAGUACAUGUGACUGCCCCAUUUGCUGGUAGUAGUGAUCAGACCAACUGUUAGUACUAGUGACUGCUCCAGCUGGGUUAUACAACUAAUCGUACCAACUGCUAGUACUUGUGAUCUCACUAGCUGUAAGUACAUGUGACUGCCCCAUUUGCUGGUAGUAGUGAUCAGACUAACUGUUAGUACUAUUGACUGCACCAGCUGGGGAAAUACAAGUAGUCGUACCAACUGCUAGUACUUGUGAUCUCACUAGUUGUAAGUACAUGUGACUGCCCCAUUUGCUAGUAGUAGUGAUCAGACCAACUGUUAGUACUAGUGACUGCACCAGGUGAGUUAUACAAGUAAUCAUACCAACUGCUAGUACUUGUGAUCUCACUAGCUGUAAGUACAUGUGACUGCCCAAUUUGUUAGUACUAGUGAUCAGACCAACUGUUAGUACUAGUGACUGCACCAGCUGGGUUAUACAAGUAAUCAUACCAACUGCUAGUACUUGUGAUCUCACUAGUUGUAAGUACACGUGACUGCCCCAUUUGUUAGUACUAGUGAUUAGACCAACUGUUAGUACUAGUGACUGCACCAGGUGGGUUAUACAAGUAAUCAUACCAACUGCUAGUACUUGUGAUCUCACUAGUUGUAAGUACAUGUGACUGCCCCAUUUGUUAGUACUAGUGAUUAGACCCAACUGUAAGUACUAGUGACUGCUUCAGCUGGGGAAAUACAAGUAAUCGUUCCAACUGCUAGUACUUGUGAUCUCAUUAGUUGUAAGUACUAGUGACUGCCCCAUUUGUUAGUACUAGUGACUGCACCAGCUGGGUUAUACAAGUAAUCGUACCAACUGCUAGUACUUGUGAUCUCACUAGUUGUAAGUACAUGUGACUGCCCCAUUUGCUGGUAGUAGUGAUCAGACCAACUGUUAGUACUAGUGACUGCACCAGCUGGGUUAUACAAGUAAUCGUACCAACGGCUAGUACUUGUGAUCUCACUAGUUGUAAGUACAUGUGACUGCCCCAUUUGCUGGUAGUAGUAGUGAUCAGACCAUUUGUUAGUACUAGUGACUACACCAGCUGGGUUAUACAAGUUAUCAUACCAACUGCUAGUACUUAUAAUCUCACUAGCUGUAAGUACAUGUGACUGCCCCAUUUGCUGGUAGUAGUAGUGAUCAGACCAUUUGUUAGUACUAGUGACUGCACUAGCUGGGUUAUACAAGUAAUUGUACCAACUGCUAGUACUUGUGAUCUCAUUAGUUGUAAGUACUAGUGACUGCCCCAUUUGUUAGUACUAGUGACUGCACCAGCUGGGUUAUACAAGUAAUCGUACCAACUGCUAGUACUUGUGAUCUCACUAGUUGUAAGUACAUGUGACUGCCCCAUUUGCUGGUAGUAGUGAUCAGACCAACUGUUAGUACUAGUGACUGCACCAGCUGGGUUAUACAAGUAAUCGUACCAACGGCUAGUACUUGUGAUCUCACUAGUUGUAAGUACAUGUGACUGCCCCAUUUGCUGGUAGUAGUAGUGAUCAGACCAUUUGUUAGUACUAGUGACUACACCAGCUGGGUUAUACAAGUUAUCAUACCAACUGCUAGUACUUGUAAUCUCACUAGCUGUAAGUACAUGUGACUGCCCCAUUUGCUGGUAGUAGUAGUGAUCAGACCAUUUGUUAGUACUAGUGACUACACCAGCUGGGUUAUACAAGUUAUCAUACCAACUGCUAGUACUUAUAAUCUCACUAGCUGUAAGUACAUGUGACUGCCCCAUUUGCUGGUAGUAGUAGUGAUCAGACCAUUUGUUAGUACUAGUGACUGCACUAGCUGGGUUAUACAAGUAAUUGUACCAACUGCUAGUACUUGUGAUCUCAUUAGUUGUAAGUACUAGUGACUGCCCCAUUUGUUAGUACUAGUGACUGCACCAGCUGGGUUAUACAAGUAAUCGUACCAACGGCUAGUACUUGUGAUCUCACUAGUUGUAAGUACAUGAGACUGCCCCAUUUGUUAGUUCUAGUGAUCAGACCAACUGUUAGUACUAGUGACUGCUCCAGCUGGGUUAUACAAGUUAUCAUACCAACGGCUAGUACUUGUGAUCUCACUAGUUGUAAGUACAUGUGACUGCCCCAUUUGCUGGUAGUAGUAGUGAUCAGACCAUUUGUUAGUACUAGUGACUACACCAGCUGGGUUAUACAAGUUAUCAUACCAACUGCUAGUACUUAUAAUCUCACUAGCUGUAAGUACAUGUGACUGCCCCAUUUGCUGGUAGUAGUAGUGAUCAGACCAUUUGUUAGUACUAGUGACUGCACUAGCUGGGUUAUACAAGUAAUUGUACCAACUGCUAGUACUUGUGAUCUCAUUAGUUGUAAGUACUAGUGACUGCCCCAUUUGUUAGUACUAGUGACUGCACCAGCUGGGUUAUACAAGUAAUCGUACCAACGGCUAGUACUUGUGAUCUCACUAGUUGUAAGUACAUGUGACUGCCCCAUUUGUUAGUUCUAGUGAUCAGACCAUUUGUUAGUACUAGUGACUACACCAGCUGGGUUAUACAAGUUAUCAUACCAACUGCUAGUACUUAUAAUCUCACUAGCUGUAAGUACAUGUGACUGCCCCAUUUGCUGGUAGUAGUAGUGAUCAGACCAUUUGUUAGUACUAGUGACUGCACCAGGUGGGUUAUACAAGUAAUUGUACCAACUGCUAGUACUUGUGAUCUCACUAGCUGUAAGUACACUUGUGACCGUUCCAUCUGCUGGUACUAGUGAUCAGAAGAACUAUGUACUAGUGACAACACCAGCUGCAAGUACUUGUGACAGCCCCAUUUGCUGGUACUAGUGGUUUUAUCAGUACCCCUCUCUCUCCCGCUGUUUCUUCCACUGAUGAUUGGGGAUUCAGGUUUAUAUCUUAGACUGAUGAUCUUUCUAGUUUUAUUAGAUUCACAGUUGGUUUGGGGCAUUGAAUUUGCGGUUUAGUAUUCAAGAGCUUAAAGAACUAAUCUUAUUCAUAAUAUAGCCACAAGCGCAUAUUAUUCAUCCACAAGCUCAUCUUCAGGAUGCAGCCACGAGCCCUUCUUUAGGACGUAGCCACAAGGCUAUAUUAUUAAUCCAUAAGCCCAUCCUAUUCAGGAAGUAGCCCCGAGCCCAUCCUAUUCAGGACGUAGACUCAAGCCCAUCUUACUCAGGACAAAGCCAAGAGCCAACAUUACAUCGGAUAGAAUAAUAGACAACUCAGUCUAGAGUCCGAGCUUGUAGUUAAGCUCCGUAGAUGGGAGCUUAGUUAAUAAUUGGUAUGUUCCCAGCUCUGCAGUGCGCUAGUAACAUUUUUUUUCUUCCACGAUCAAUAUAUAGAGACUCUUUACCGCUAGUGUUUUUUCUUCCGUCCCUUGGUAGUGAUCCUCUGCUACCCAAUUAUAAACAAAAACUGAUAAUAUUGCUUCAGUUUCUACAUGUCAUGGUUGAUUUGCAUUGGUUGCAUUGUUUUUAUUUGUAAAAUGUAUUAACCAAAUUUAUUAAAAUUCUUUCAAAUAGUA